AUGUAUCUUGAUCGAUAUCAACCCUAUGGCGUCUAUUACGGGUUUGACGACCCGGUAGAGAAGAAGAAGACAAAGGCAAUGAUGGGUUUUCCCGAGUUAUCUAAGCAUUCGUGUAUCGUUUAUUCCAAUGAUGGGUGGUUACUCAUAAAGGAGAGUCCUUCUAACGAUGUCAAACAUUUCUUGUUCAAUCCUUUUACUCGGGAGCGGAUAAACUUGCCUACAAACGGUCUGAGAAUGGCAACAAUGAAAUUUGCGUUCUCUUGUGCUCCUACAAAGAAAGAUUGUUUGGUAUUUGGUAUUGAUACAUGGAGUGUAAGUCUAUAUGGUAGAGUAAGAAUCAGCACUUGGCAUCUUGGUGCAACUACAUGGGUAGAAGAAGACUUCCCUGACGUGAUCUCCGUUGGAGGUACAAGAAACAUCUUAUACUCGGAUGGUCUCUUCUAUAUGGCAGCGGAAGUUUCACUAGGGGUAUUUGAUGCAUCUGCACGCACUUGGAACGUUCUUCCUGUGCAGCCGAUCACUAUCGCUGGCGUUGAUGCUUGUGACACGAUCAGGUGGUUAACUGAGUAUAAAGGGCAGAUAUAUCUUGUAGAUGCAUCGUCAGCGGAGCCGAUGGUGUUUAGGCUAAACCGUUUGGAGUCGGUUUGGGAGAAGAAGGAAACAUUGGAUGGUUCGUCGAUAUUUGUGAGCGAUGGGUCGUGCGUGAUGGCUUCUGGCCUCACGGGGUCAAUGAUUAACGUUUUGUAUUUCUGGAAACGUCCGGUCAAACCAAAGGUUUACCACUCAAGGUCGCCCCGCAAGUUUACGACUGGAAUAGCCCCUUCAAGUACUCUUUAUAUAGCAGGAGUUUGUGUGAAGAACGUGAAGGGGACUAUCGGAUGGUGCCUGGAUCCACCUAUUCUGGUACGACGAAUAAUGUCUGGAUCGAGCCGCCCCACAACAUCUCUAUCUCUGAUUACUCACUUCUUCCCUCCGAUGAUGCCAUAA